GCCCAAUAAAAGUCAAUAAAUCCACCUGUCAGCGCGCUGCCUUCACUCCGGGGUCAGAAAAAACUAAUCUAAUUCAGCGAACAUGGCGUUACAGGGAGCUCUGAUGUGGAUUUGCUCACUAGCAGUCUUGUCCUCCUGUGCAGCUCAAGAUGAGACUUUACAGUGCGGAUACAAUAGGCUGACGUCUAAUCUCAAGGAGGCGGUAGAGUGUGACGACAGCCUGCUGCUUUCCUGGAGAUCAGAGGAGAGAGCUGGCCUGCUGCUGAACCUGAGGAACCUGACAGACAAACUGUACAAAUUCCAGCUGAGAGAAUGCCAGGGUGCAGAGCCAACGAACUGUACUCAAGCUGAAGUGCCAGAAGAUGGAGGGUUGCUGUGCGUCACAGUGAGCGACAAGCGCUACUGCAAGCCUAUGUGCAACCAUGGUUACGAUUUUAGUUUCCUCAGGAGGAGUCGGGUGUAUGAAGAGUGCAGUGAGCAGACUGGGUUUAAAUGGCAGAGUCAGUUCAUUGGAGGAAACAAACUGGCCGUGUGCCACAAAGCACACAUCCAGGUGUCAGGAGCAGCAUCAGCAUAUUUCUCUGAAGCUCAGGACUGCCUGACAACCAGGAGCAACAGCAGCCUCAAAGAGAGCGCCAUCAUGAGGGGUUUUAUGUCUGAGCUGAAGAGCGCUGGUGUUCAGGGAGAGGCUGAGAACAGCUGUCUUCUAUGUGGACAAACAAGAGUCAGUGAUUUAUUAACUUAAAUAAACAUGUUCCAGAACCAGAA